GUACACCAGCUAAUGUUGCAGAAGUCCACCAGGGGAAUGUCAUCAGCUCUCAAGAUUUAACAGGCUUGAUGGCUGCUGACAUCCGUCAAGAAGACGAGCAGGCAUUCAUUCUGACUCUGGUGGAAAUCCCAACCAGCGCAGCCGCAGAAUUUACUGACACCACUGCCCAAUCAGUGCCAGCCUCCUUGCUGCCAGCACCCAUCUUGGUCAAGUCAGCGAGCUCUGAAGAAAGGGCUGACGGGAGUGUGAAUUUACCGGUAGCGUCACUUCAUCAAGGUGCCAUGUGUUUACCAGUUUCUGGGAGAGAUGGUUCUGAGAAGUCUCCUGCUAAUUUGGAUCUCACCACUAGAAAGAGGUUUCAUUGCAGCCUUGAGGAGAGCGAUCAGGCUCCCCCUGCCAAAAAGAGUUCACUCACUUCAAGAAUUCUUCAUCAAGAAUACGCCUCUGGGGUAUGCUCAACGGAAUUAAUAAAUGUUUUGGAUGAAACAGGGGAGUCCUGUAAGGGUCGAGCUGGUUCCCCCUCCCCGGGAAGCUCAGUGCAUCCAGACCCUGCAAAGGAACACCUGGAGUCAGCUUGCCAAAGUCUGGCGUCUGGAACUGUCAAUGAAAUCACCAGCCCACAUGGCGAGAAAAGUGUGCCUCAGUGUGCUCGGGUUGAGGUGACCCAGGAAGAAAGAACAGAUGCUGCCUGUGCGUCCCCGUGGAUGGAGGACAAGAUGCCUGCCACGAAACCGCCCCUGUCCAGACCUCACAGAAAACCCCUGGGAUUUUUAUCUUUAAUAUGUUCAAAAAAAACCAGUCUGGGGUCUGAUGAGCCCGCUCAAGUCCACAGAAAGAAGCGCCUGAAACCUCUGAUCCCUGCAGCAAGACAGAGUGUGAAGAGGUCUGACCCACCAAGUGAGAUCCAGGAGACCAGGCAGGAACCCUGUGACGCUCUGCCAGCUCUGAGCAUCAGUGCUGGGGCCCAGCAUCGAGAGACCAGGCAGGAACCCUGUGACGCGCUGCCAGCUCCGAGCGUCAGUGCCGGGGCCCAGUAUCAAGAGACCAGGCAGGAACCCUGUGACGCGCUGCCAGCUCUGAGCGUCAGUGCCGGGGCCCAGCAUCAAGAGACCAGGCAGGAACCCUGUGACGCGCUGCCAGCUCCGAGCCUCGACGCCAGGGCCCAGCAUCGAGAGACCAGGCAGGAACCCUGUGACGCACUGCCAGCUCCGAGCAUCUACACCGGGGCCCAGCAUCAAGAGACCAGGCGGGAACUCUGUGACGCAUUUCCAGCUCUGAGCGUCUACACCGGGGCCCAGCAUCAAGAGACCAGGCAGGAACCCCAUGACGCGCUUCCAGCUCUGAGCGUCUACACCGGGGCCCAGCAUCAAGAGACCAGGCAGGAGUCCUGUGACACGCUGCUAGCUCCGAACGCCAAUGUUGGGUCCCAGCCUCAGGAGACCAGGCAGGAAUUGCGUGAUGCGCUUCCAUCUCCAAGCGUGGAUGCCAGAGGUCAGCCUCAGGAGACCAGGCAGGAGUCCUGGGAUGCGCUUCCAGCUCCAAGCGUGGAUGCUGAGUCCCAGCCUCAGGAGACCAGGUGGGAGUCCCGUGACACACUUCCAGCCCCGAACGCCGACGCUGGGUCCCAGCCUGAGAAUCCUGGCGAGUCAGCGGCCCAGGUGCAGGUGUCUUGUGAUGAAGCCCCCCGGAGAGGGGAAUGUCAGAGCGGGCAGCACGCGGCGCCUGCUGAGGAGCCGACCACCGUCUCCGAGUAUUUCUUCAAUGAUAUCUUCAUUGAGGUGGAUGAAGCAGAAUGAGACAGCCUUGGGCCUUGUUUCUUUUGAAAAAGGCUGAUAUUUACGGACUGAAUUACAUCCACAGAGCAGUUUCCAGAGAGAGAAAAAUCACUGUUUUUGGUUUAGAUUGCUUUUGCCUGUUUGCUGAGCUUGGCUGGAAGCUUUUGUAAUCGCUGGAAAGGAUCGCUUGAGGCCCCUUCCUUCCGACUGAGCUUUCUCCGACAGACGCGCCCCUCGUGUUCACAUGCCGAGCCCCCCGGUUCCGGAGCGUCACGUGGAGAUCUCAGAGCCCCUGGCUGUGGGGUGGUCCUGUUUAGCUUAGUGAACUUCUUUUCUGAAGUUUGGGGUUUUUGAUUUUUUUUUUUUUAAUUUCCUGUGUCUGUUUUUUGAGAGCGUGAUGAGGUCUUUGCGUUUGCCUCGGACUAUCCGCAAGCAGAUUGCGUAGCUCCACUCUAGUGUGGUAAGAUGAAAACUGUGCUGUUGUCAGCUGUUUGGCUGACUGAAAAAUAUGUAUUUUUCUAAUUCGUGGUGAUAUAACAUUAGUCCUAAUUGGAGAACUAAUAUUUAAAGUUAUUAUUUAUAAAAAUGACACAUCAGAGAGCUUAUUUAUUUUUAAAUUUUUUAUUUAUGAUGCUAGUCAGUCUUAAUUAUAUCCACCCCUCCGAUUGUGCGUAAGGGAGACAUGAGCAAAUUAUGCCUGUUGUCUUUUCCUCUCUAAUUUUAAAGAUAUUUAAAGUGAUAACAACUGGAAUGGAUACUUUUUUUCUAUUUAGUAUAUUAACUUUAUACUGUGAAUUUUUUUUUUUUUGGUUUAUUUUUAUUUCUUGGGUAAUCUCAGGAUUUUCAUGGGUGAGGAAAACUUGAUUUAUCAGAGCAAUUUCCUACACAUAUAUAUACACACACACUCCUUUUUUUAAAAAAAAAAAAAUUCUUGAUAGUUUUUUUUUUUUUCCCCAUAAAAUUCUGUUGCUGGAAUACUUAGGAGUACACAACUUAAUUUUGAUGUUAAAAAUAGAAACUAAUGUCACAGUAGGAAAUCAGUGAUUAUCACAAUAUGAAUUUAAAGAUUUUUAAUUUUGAAAUUUGAUGAUUUACAGAUUAUCAAAUACAGUAGACCCUUGGCUGUUACCUGCCCAAACGGAUCUUAGUGAUUCAAGUCAAAACUAUUCCAAGAGCAGACCAGUUGCGGUUUCAUUGAAAGACGUCUUGGGUCGGUAACAUUGGUUCAGGAGUCAGUCAGGCAUUCAUUAGGAGUUGGCAGCAUUUCCUGCAGAUUCGUUCGGGGUGUGCGGGCUCGCUGUCUGGGGCAGGGCGUGGGUGAAGGGCAGUGGCCGGAGUGGGCUCCGAGUCUGAUCUAACCUCUCUGGUAUUGACCUCACUGUGUCCUGGUUGUCAUUGAAGUCACGAUUUGUGCCUGAAUAAGUCAGAUCUGCUCAUUGCAUUAUGAAAUGAUUAGAUUUUUUAAUUGAAAGAGUUUUUAAAAUCUUCUGUGUUUUAAAAAAAAAAACAAACCUAGUAGCUGGUUUUCGAGGUGCUUGGUCAGUGCGUGGGCUCAGCGAGUAUGACAGUAUGGCUCAUCUGCAGAAACGCUGUCAACAGAGUUUUUACUCAUAGCCUUAGAGUGAAAUUGACAAUAACUUUUGUCGCAAAGGAGGAUGUGUUAGUAUGAAUGGACAUUCUCCAUGGAUGUACAUGUAUUUAUUCUGUGCGAUUAAUAUGUCACAAAAAUCAUGGAGUAAACCACAGUCCUGUUUUAUAACUUGCUUUUGUAAGUUCUAAAAAAAAAAAAAAAAUCUCAUUCUGAAAGGAUUUCCUUCUGUCUGUUAGUACUGAGUUGGAUGUUAGGUUGCCAUGAUUACCGUCCCUGUGUAAUGUUUAUUUUUAAACUGUGUGCACAUGUCCCUGUUCAUCCAGAGUCCGCUAUUUUUAUGGAAGAUAGACUUUCUUACUGGGUAGUGAACACACAGGGCAUUCCUUGUAUUAGAGAAUCAAAUUGGCCAGCUAAAUUAUCCUAGUUAUUCUUAAAAUGAGUCUUGGAAGAAAAGAAACAGAAUCAGUGUAUUUGCCUUGUACGAUGGAAGGACACAUGUAUGCUAAGUCUGAUUUCAUGUAAAGAUAUUGCAAAGAAUUUAUUUUAUAAAUCUCAAAGGAGAUACAAUUACAGCUGUUUAUCUUGCUUGUUCUUCCGGAACACUUAGGUCUCAGCAAGUGAUGGGCAUGGUGGCUUUAGAGCCCAGUGGUUGGUAAGUGACUGGGGCCCAGGUAUAAACUUCCGUGUCCUCUGUGUACCACCUUGCUUGGUAGAGAAAGGACCUUGCAUUCUGUCUCGCCUGAAGAAGUUUUUGACAAAUAGAUGCAGUAUCUGUCAUUUGUAAAUUUUCUUGUUCUAAAGAAAAGUUAUGUUCCAUAGGUAUACAUUAUGUAAAUAAAAGUUAUUUU